UUUUUUCCUAAUACCUAUACAAUAAACAUGUUCACUUAAAAUAGCUCACUUAUUUUUAUGAUAAAGAAAAAGGUAAAAAAUUUUUUAUUAAUUUUCUUCCUUUAUAUAAAUAAAAAAAUAUAUAUACGCACAUAUAAGUAUAUCAUCAGGUUAAAGUUUGAUUAUUUAACAAAUUUGCGACACGUUAGUGAAUGCCCGGGCUUGAACCCGACAAGUGUGCUGCAGCUUAUUAUUGAGUGAGUUUUUAGUGUAUUUAUGUUACAACGCAAUAUAUGCAGUUACUUAUGACAGCUUACUAAUUUAGCGUUUUAACCUACCAUAAGUCUUUGCAGUACUCACCAAGCAUGAUACAUAAAUCACGGCUUUAAAUUAUGACAGUCGUGUAAUAGUUUUUCUAGUUAAUCUGGAAUGAUGUUAGCACACAUUAUUUCAGUACGCACGUUGUAAAGAAAGUACUGUAACGCUCCGAGUCUCGAAUAGAAGUGAAGAGACGUCGGAAACGUGUGAAGGCGACUUUGCAAUUGCGCGUGCGCCGAUCGAACGUAAAAGAGAAAUAUCACCCACAUACGCAAGAAAAAAGAAUUGGUUAAUUCUGCAAAUAAUAACGUUCACCGAGGGAUUAUAGAUACCUACCCUGGCCAAAUAUAUGUUAAAGUUAUAAUUUACAUGACUACAGUAAGCUAUUGUAAUUUUGUAAGAGAUCAGCAUAUUAUUUUGAAUGAGCAGAAAUAGUGAAUUAUAAUUUAUAUACAAUCGAACAUGGCAAACCUAAGUGGUAACUCGUGGAAAGAAAUUCGACACAAACGCGUUUUAACAUUUACGUCGGAUUGGCAAAAUUGCCCGGUAAAUCAAUACUAUAUAAUCAAUCGAAUUUUGUUACUAUGCAUUGGCUUGUGGCCAUACCAAAAGUCUAGUUUCAGACGUAUCAUAAUAACAUUUACAACCAUAAUGAUUGCAUCAGGCAUAAUAUUUCAGCUAACGAUUUUCAUCACAACAGAAUAUAAUCUAGAUAUGCUUCUACGUGUCCUCACAUAUAGCAUCCCGUGGCUAAGCUAUAUGUUUAAAUAUAAUGUUUACUGCUUAAACAUAAGACGGAUUCGAUACCUUAUGGAACGAAUACAACAUGACUGGAAUCAAUUAAACGAUAUGCAAGAAAUUGAAAUAAUAAAAGAGUAUGCAGCUUUCGCAAGACUCAUUACGUUAAUUACAACAUUGUUCUUCUAUGUGUCUAUUUUUUCCUUCAUUGUGGCACAGUUUCUAUUUAACAUUCUACUGGAUAUCACGUCCAGUAAAAAUGAAUCGCGUCUACGACAAUUUCCAGUCCUAAUAGAAUGUUUUAUAGAUCAGCAGAAAUAUUAUUUUCCAAUUUUAAUCCAAAUAUAUAUUAUUGUUGUGUGUGGCCUAACCACAGUAGUAGCCACCGAAAUGCUUAAUAUGUCAUUCAUACUUCAUGCGUGCGGUUUAUUUGAUGUAGCCAGUCACGCUAUCAAUUUCAGCUGUCGGAUAGAACAAGCACUGCACGAAAAUACGGUACAAAAUAUUUCAUCUCCCACGGAAAGAAGCUUGAUAAUAUGUCGAGGGAUAAUCCAUGGCUUCAAUAUGUAUCAAAGAGCUAACGAGUUUGUGGAAAUGAUGAAGGUACUUUAUACAAGGGCAUAUUCAUUACUAUUACCAAUAGGAGUUUUAUCGCUGAGUAUUAAUCUGUAUCGUUUUUCUCAGUUGAUAACAACAGAGGAUUAUUACGAAACGAUUAUUAGCUUUGUGUUUAUUUCUGGCCAUUUUUGGUACAUGCUUUUCGGCAAUUAUAUAGGACAGCAAGUGAUUGAUCAUAGCAGCGAUGUAUUUUACAAAACAUACAAUGGGCAAUGGUACGUAGCCUCAUUAAAAGCGCAAAAGUUAUUAUUGCUUGUGAUGCAAAGAAGCAUGCGACAUUGUACAAUCGUCAUUGCUGGUUUAUUUAUUUCGUCAUUAGAGGGAUUCGCCACGCUCGCAAGCUCUUCAAUUUCAUACUUUGCGGUGAUUGUUUCUCUGUCCACGUAAAAUAAAAAUAAAACUUAAAAUUCCACAAUGCAAGUAUAAUAGUAUAAAUUGUACUAUACCUUUUAUAUAAAAAUAUAAGGUGCAAUUAGUCUACUCUAACGUAAUCUGUAUUAUUUUACGUAAAAUGAAUAUAGAAAUAUGUUGUAGUAUCAUUUUAACUUUUCAAUUGCUCUUCAAUAAAAUAUAUAAUACAAUUACCGCGUUAUAUUCGCAAUAGCAUUGUAAAGAUUUUUUUAUUACACAGAAGAUGAUUCUAGUCACAG